AUGAAGGUACUGAAUUUCAGGCUCCAACUGCUGAAAGCGGCUGUUGUGAGCUUGUGUUACAUGUAUGCGGUAGCAGAAGUGACGAACUUGCAAGCCGAGAAGACUUACAUAAUUCAUCUGGAUAAAUCCUAUAUGCCAUCAAGUUUUGACGAUCACCUCCAAUGGUUCGAUUCAACUUUAAAAUCGGUAUCGGAAUCUGCUGGUGUUAUUUACGCUUACACCAAUGUUAUCCACGGCUUCUCUACAAGACUCACACCUGCAGAAGCUGAAUUACUGGAAAAACAAGAAGGAAUCGUCUCUGUGUUGCCUGAAAUAAUAUACGAGCUGCACACUACUCGAACUCCAGAGUUUCUUGGAUUAGGAAAAACCGAUGCUUUACUCCCUGCAUCAGACUCAGUUAGUGAGGUGAUUAUUGGAGUGAUAGACACUGGAGUCUGGCCAGAGAUAAAAAGCUUUGAUGAUACAGGUCUUGGCCCCAUCCCGAGCACCUGGAAAGGUGAGUGCGAGACAGGCAAGAACUUUAAUUCGUCGAGCUGUAACCGCAAACUGAUUGGAGCAAGAUUCUUCUCAAAAGGGUAUGAAGCAGCAAUAGGACCUGUUGACGAGUCUCUGGAAUCAAAGUCCCCCAGAGACGAUGAUGGCCAUGGAACUCACACUUCAACUACAGCAGCUGGAUCAGCUGUCUCAGGAGCUAGCCUAUUCGGUUUUGCUAAUGGGGUAGCACGUGGGAUGGCUACACAAGCUCGGGUAGCAGCUUACAAGGUCUGCUGGCUUGGUGGGUGUUUUGGCUCAGAUAUUAUAGCCGCCAUGGAUAAGGCUGUCGAAGACGGUGUGAAUGUCAUGUCUAUGUCAAUCGGUGGAGGCCUCUCAGAAUAUUACAGAGAUACUGUUGCCAUUGGAGCUUUUACAGCAACAGCACAAGGAAUUUUGGUAUCAUGUUCUGCAGGAAAUGGUGGACCGAGUCAGGGCAGCUUGUCCAAUAUUGCUCCUUGGAUAACUACUGUAGGUGCUGGAACACUGGACCGAGAUUUUCCAGCUUAUGUAAGACUUGGAAAAGGGAAAAGUUUCUCAGGCGCUUCGCUUUACAGUGGAAAGCCAUUAUCUGAUUCUUUGGUGCCACUGGUUUAUGCAGGUAAUGUAAGUAAUGCAACGAGUGGUUAUCUUUGCAUGACAGGUACUUUAAUUCCUACAAAAGUUGCCGGGAAGAUCGUGAUAUGUGAUCGAGGUGGAAACAGCAGGGCACAGAAGGGCUUGGAAGUGAAAAGUGUCGGCGGGAUAGGUAUGAUUUUAGCAAACACAGAGUUGUACGGUGACGAGCUAGUUGCAGAUGCGCAUCUCCUGCCAACAGCUGCUGUAGGCCAAACUAGUGGAGAUGCCAUCAAGAGAUAUGCCUCUUCUGAUCCCAGACCAACAGCCGCAAUUGCAUUUGGAGGCACACAUCUAGGAGUUCAACCUUCACCGGUAGUGGCAGCAUUUAGUUCCAGAGGCCCCAAUCCGAUCACCCCGGCGAUACUAAAGCCAGACAUAAUAGCUCCAGGGGUUAAUAUUCUAGCCGGUUGGACUGGUGCAGCUGCUCCAACUGGGCUAAAGGAUGACAAAAGGCGGGUCAACUUCAAUAUCAUUUCUGGUACAUCUAUGUCCUGUCCACAUGUUAGUGGGUUAGCUGCACUCAUCAAGGCUGCUCACCAAGAUUGGAGCCCUGCAGCCAUUAGGUCUGCCCUCAUGACCACAGCCUACACAGCAUACAGAGAUGGUAAAACCAUACUGGAUAUAUCUACGGGGCAACCUGCAACACCAUUUGACUAUGGUGCUGGACAUGUAAAUCCAGUAGCAGCCCUCGAUCCUGGCCUUGUCUAUGAUACCACAGUAGAAGACUACCUAGCUUUCCUCUGUGCAUUAAACUACAGUGCCAUCCAAAUAAAGGCAGCCACAAACAGAGAUUUUACAUGCGACAAAAGCAAGAAAUACAGUCUGAGUGAUCUCAAUUACCCGUCUUUCUCUGUUCCCUUUGAAACUGCUUCAGGAAAAGGAGGUGGUUCUGGGGUAACAAGCACUGUCAAAUACACCAGAACUCUGACCAAUGUGGGAACUCCUUCAACAUACAAGGUCUCGGUGUCUACUGAGACUCCAUCAGUGAAGAUCUCAGUCGAGCCAGCAACACUCAAUUUCAGCAAAGUAAAUGAGAAAAAGAGCUACACAGUGACAUUCACUACUACUUCGAUGCCAUCUGGUACAACCAACUUUGCUCGUCUGGAAUGGUCAAGUGGAAAGCAUGUGGUCAGCAGUCCAAUAGCUUUCAGCUGGACAUAAAAUCUAAAAAGGCUGGAUGAAUGACUAUUAGUUACAGUACCUGCAGUGCCUGAAUCUAUGUAUAAUGAAUGUCUUCUACUUUUCCAUUCCGAUAGUUCUAACAACUGAGUUACAAGAGCCAGUUGUUGUGCUUGUAAUUUCUCUCUCAGAUGAUCUCAGGUCAAAAAAAUGAAAUGAAAAAGUAACUGUACAGAAAACCAAGCACAGAAAGCACAGACAUGUAUCUGAACUUAAUAUAAUUUCUAGUCGUAUCUCAUGCUUAUUAAA